AUGAACCCAUCAGCCAAUCCUCCCAUGCGCAAACGUGACAGAUUGCGUUCGUUUGCAACAGCCACAACUCAAGUCAUCAAGCAAGAAAUCAAUAAAUAUUAUCAACCCAACCUUGUUCCGUCGAGAAGUGUGGGUAGUGUACCAAGAACAGAUACUCAAGAUAUAGACGACAUCUUGAACACUACCUCGGUAGAUACUGUUCAGGCGCAAUGCUUGAUAUUUCCAACCUACGCUUAUCAAGAUGACCAUGGCUGGAAGAUUCAUUUGUGUGGAUGGACAUUUGCUAAACCAUCGUCAGGUCGUCUUGAUAGGUUUUUAUUAGCUGCUGGACGAACCUAUGGCGGCUUUGCCAAGGACUCUCAAGAAGACUUUCAUUUUUCAAGCCUAUUAAAUCAAUUUAGAUGUCAGACCAUGCGCAUGCUUGACCUUAAGCUGAAUGUACCACUGUUGAAAGAAAAACUAAAAGAUAUCCUUAUUAAUUCGGGAUCAACGGGUCGAUUUGAACAAGAGGUGAUUGUCAAUCGAGAAUGGAUCAAGAAUUCACGAGAAGGACUGAAUGUGGAAGCAUGGUUAGAUGAUAACCAGACUUGCUUUACUGGGUUUGUAGAUCUUGUCGAACCCUCUGGAAUAUCUGUGAUUUCAGACAUAGACGAUACCAUUAAAGUGACCGACAUAUUAGAUGGUAGAGACGCCAUAUUACAAAACACAUUUUUCAGGACAGCUCGAGAGGUACCGCAUAUGAAUGAAGUCUAUCGUGCUUGGGCAGCAGAGGGUGCCCAUUUUCAUUACGUGUCAAAUUCUCCUUGGCAGAUAUACCCAGCACUGAUGGAUUUCAUUAACGAUAAGCAGUUCCCCAAGGGAAGUAUGCAUUUACGAACAGUGAGCACACAGGAUUUGAUCAUGGGCAGGCCCGGUAAACACAAGUUAACGGUCAUUUCCAAAAUUCUUCGUGAUUUUCCCAAUCGCAAGUUUAUUCUCGUAGGUGAUUCGGGUGAGAUCGAUCCUGAAAUAUAUCAGCAAAUUUAUAAUGAAUUUCCAGACCAGAUCAUAAAAAUAUUCAUCCAUGAUGUCUCUUCUCAAAGGGCCAUCAACGCAGACCGCCGACUGUCCAGUGCGAGUGUGAUGGACUCUUCUUACUACAGUGCUAUCCGCAAAUUUAUAUCAAGAGAAAGCGCGCUUCUCAGAAAGAAGGAUUCUUCAGCUCAACUUGCUAUGGAUGUCAUGGCUACAACUGAGAUUCCUCAAGAACAACAGCAGAUGACAGACCCACAAGUCCCUCUUGUGACCAAACUAGAACAGUUUCAACAACGCAUGGAUCGUGUAUCGAGCAAUAUGCGGGAAGGCGUCUUUACUGUCUUUUCUUUGGCUUCUCAACUCAUGCUAGACCCUGUGAUUGCCGAAGAAUUCUUGAUGAAUAAAAAAUAA